GUGGCUAGAAGGGGCAGUGUGACGGUCGCCAUAUGCGCGCCAUGGGAGAGAGGCGCACAAAACUCGAUGACAUUUUUUACGCCGCUUGGGGCGCGGCCGCCGUCGGGAGCGCGCGAGAUCUUCGCCGCUACAGCCAUUGCUACAGCUGCUACAGCCGCGUGUAUUUGGCACUGUGCGCAAACUUCCACACGUGCAACUGUGUUUGUGUGACUCCUGGACGCGCACCAUGUGAAUGAUUCCGGAUAGCGACACACUAUUACCAUGCCAGCGAAAGCAGGUACGUGUUUUGUGCUCGGUUGUAAAAGUGGGUACAAGUCGUGUCCGGCAAGGGUGUCGUCGUUUCGAGCUCCCAAGGAUGCAUUGAAACGGGAGCAGUGGGCCCGUAAUAUAAAACGGGGCGAUAAGAAACUAACCAACGACUGCGUCGUUUGUGAAUGUCACUUCGAGGCAACGUUUAUACAGAGGACUUAUCGUCAUGUUAUCAAUGGUGAGAUGGUUGAAAUUCCACGCGAUCGGCCGCUGCUAACAGAGGACGCCGUUCCUACAAUCUUCCCGGAUGCGCCAAAAUACCUCACAAAGAAAACGCCGACUAGAAGGAAGGAGAGAAACCUGUGUGAACAAGGUGAGCCCCCGACUAAAAGAAGAAGGACUACUGUAAAGCAGCAGGCGCCGGAAGAAAGUGAACAAGUAAUAGAAGCACAACAUGCUGCAGAAUCGGAGUUUAUCGAAGCUGUACAUACUGACACGAUAGAAGUGGAGCCGCAGAGUGAAGUCAGUACGGAAUACGUGUGCCGCAACAUCAAACUUCCUAACACAAGCUGGAACAAACUAUCGUUUUCCACUGAACCAGGGACCGUCACUUUCGGCCUUUGCGAGUUAGAGGGUGCCGAGUUGGAUCACCUACUGCUGCCGAAAUUGGUGAAGUUUGAACAGGCCGUUGAGCAAGUAGGAACAGUCAGUUGUUCUGUUUUUCUUAGGGGCAAGCUGCACCUAAAACUCAAUGUUUCCUCACCAGAUGAGGCGCAGUUGGUGCUGAACAGCGCACAUUCUCUGGUUUUAUGUGCUGGCUGUGGUAUGAAACCAAACGCAGUCGGAAAAUAUGAGUAUUUUGCCGGCUUGUACUUUUCGCCUGAGUGCAGCCUAACGUGCGAAAGUAAGGGCCCUUGCAUGCACUGCAAGUACCUACGAAAGAUCUUGCAAAAUCAGCAAUCACGACGGAAGCAUGGCGUUUCAGUUAAACGCCUUGCAAGGCGUGCCAACACUUGCCGCCGUCUGGUAGCUGCGCAACGAGAGCUGCUGAACGUACAGAGGGAACUCGACAUGAUGAAGUCGGCCAAUGAGCAAAUUGGAGAUGAAGAAUUAAAUGAACGCAUUAAAAAGUUGCCUCAGAAACAACAGAUGGCAAUUAUGGCAUGCUUCAGUGCAGCUAAAAGAAAAUCGACAUGUGGCAUGCUGUAUGAAAAGAAUUGGAUCCUAGAGUGUGUGCUGCUUCGCAUGAGGAGUCCAAAGCUCUAUGAGCACCUUCGGAAGCAGAAAAUUCUUGUCCUGCCAAGCCGAACUUGUCUACAGCGUUAUGUGAGCAAUUUCAAGAGUGGCUUCGGAUUUAAUGACACUGUGUUUAAGGCCCUUAGUGCAAAGACUGAAAGCAUGGAUGUCUGCAGCCGACACGGUGACAUCAUUUUCGAUGAACUGAAGCUUUCUGAGCAGUUUUGGUGUCAACCAAGCAGGUAUGUAUUGCCUACGUUUCUCUACACCCUACACGAUUUAAAUAUGAAAAUAAUUAUUUGAUGCAAAAAUCACACUCCGAAUUCUCAGUAACAACGUAUAUGCCAAAUAAUUCUGUUUGUUGUCGUGUUAACUACAAAUUUUUGUCGUUUUUUUAGGGUUUGUUGAAGGAUUUGUUGACCUGGGCAGCUUCACAGCAGAUGAGCAAAGAUCCACAUCAGCAGACCAUGGGAUGGUGUUGCUUUUUCAACCCUUUCAGGGUGAGUAGUUCUGUGUAGUAUCUUUCUUGUGCAUUCAGUAUGAUAUGUGAGGCACUAGUUUAACCAAGUUGGAAACCGUAGUACAAAACAUGUCUUGCGCACUAACUAAAACAUAUGAAGACAUUAACACAAGUGCAUCUGUGAAGUGCGUACUUUUGUGUACAACCACGUCAAACAGAGCAACUCUGUGGCUUCUCAUUUUUGUUUUCAAGUUUGUGAGCAAAAGCGUGCCAUAUUCUGGAAAAUGAGAAUUAAAGCUAAAUAUUAUCUGAUUAUCACCUUUUUAAUGUAUUCUGCAUCAACUUCUCAGAAAAUUGUUUUUUUUCUAGAAAAUUGUGCAGAAAUUUUAAUUUUUGGAUUUUUCACAUGCGCCUGCAAGGGGUCUCUAAUAUAUCGUAUUUAUUCACGCUUGUUGACUCCGCUUUUAUUUGUUUGUUC